AUGGUCAACUAUGAUUCAUGGAUGAAAGAUAUCAACGGCGAUACUCACAUCUCUAAGUUAGCCAUUGCCGGAACUCAUGAAGCUCCAGCCUAUCAUAAGUUGGCUCCUCCUUCGGUUCAAUGCCAAGGCGAAGAUAUCACUGAGCAAUUGAACCACGGCGCCAGAUUUUUGGAUAUUCGUUUGUCCAAGAACUUUCUUACUGUGAACGACGACAAGAAAAAUGACUUGAUUUGCGUCCAUGGUAACUUCCCUGUGAAAUUAGCCGGUGCUGUCAAGUUCACGGAGGAGUUGGAGCAUAUCUAUAAAUUCUUAGAAGACCAUAAUUCCGAGGCUGUUAUUCUCUCCAUUAAGCAGGAGGGUAAUGGUAAAUGGGAUAACCAGAACGAUGAGUUUCCCAAGGUUUUCAGGGACAAUUACUUGAAGAACCACGAAGAUAAAUGGUAUCUUAAGAACGAGAUUCCAAAAUUGGACAAUUGUAGAGGUAAAAUCGUUCUUUUCAGAAGAUUCGGGGUCAACAAUCAAGAUGAUAGUGGAAAAUUCGGUAUUUCCGCCUCCAAUUGGCAGUAUAAUACCUCAUGUGAUGACACAGGAAUGUUUUGUGUUCAGGAUUUCUGUGAAUUCAAGUCUGAAGACGAUAUUCCCAAGAAGGCUGAUUUAGUUAAGGACUUGUUGAACAAGGCCAAGGAUUAUAAUAAUACCGAUAAUGAUCCAAAGCUGUUUCUCAACUUUUGUUCAGCCUCCAACUUCUUUGACUUUGACACCUGGCCUCAUGCAGUUGCUAAAGGUCUCAGAGAGGCUAAGAUUAGUGAUGCCUAUGGAAAGGGAUGUGGUAUUGUAGUUUUGGAUUAUGUUAAUAAAGAUGACUGGAAUCCGGUCAGGGAGUUGGUCGAUAAGAAUUUCACUUAA